GGGCGGCGGUGCUGCCGGCGGGCGAGGCGCGGCGCGGUCGCCCCGGAGAUGCCCUUGUGAGGCGGCCCGGGGGGCAGCGGCGGCAGGAGAGCGCUGCCUCGGAGCGGCCCCGCGGCGGGGCGGAGGAACGCGCCCCUCCUCCGGGCACCAUUAAGAGGAAGGCGAUGGAGGAGCUGAGCGCGGACGAGAUCCGGCGGAGGCGCCUGGCGCGGCUGGCGGGAGGCUCCUCGUCCCAGCCCAGCACCCCGCUGACGUCCCCGCAGAGAGAGACCCCGCCGGGGCCGCCGGGCGCAGCCCCAGCGCCGGGGCCCUCGCACAGCCUGGGCCUCAAUGUGCACAGCAUGACCCCAGCUACCUCUCCCAUCGGGGCAUCAGGAGUAGCCCACCGAAGCCAGAGCAGCGAAGGAGUGAGUUCCCUCAGCAGUUCUCCAUCAAACAGCCUUGAAACCCAAUCUCAGUCCCUCUCUCGGUCCCAGAGCAUGGACAUUGAUAGUGUCUCCUGUGAGAAAAGUAUGUCCCAGGUAGAUGUGGAUUCAGGAAUUGAGAACAUGGAGGUUGAUGAGAACGAUCGCAGAGAGAAGCGGAGUCUGACGGACAAGGAACCUCUGUCAGGGUCAGAAGUGUCGGAGGAACAAGCUCUACAGCUGGUCUGUAAGAUCUUCAGAGUCUCUUGGAAGGACAGAGACAGAGACGUUAUUUUCCUGAAUUCACUCUCUGCCCAGUUCAAGCAGAACCCAAAGGAAGUGUUUUCAGAUUUUAAGGACUUGAUCGGGCAGAUUUUGAUGGAAGUGCUGAUGAUGUCCACCCAGGCAAGGGAUGAGAACCCCUUUGCCAGCCUGACAGCCACCUCCCAGCCCAUUGCUGCAGCUGCCCGCUCUCCUGACAGAAGCCUGAUGUUAAAUAUGGGCUCCAACCCUGGAAGCAGCCCCAUGUUCUGUAAUGUGGGCUCCUUUGGUUCCAGCUCAUUGUCCAGUCUCUAUGGGACUAGUCCAGCUCCUCCUACCAAUUUCACAAGCUAUGUACCAAUGACUGGUUCAUCUCUUACCCCACCAGCCAGUUCAGUUGCCACCCCAGCAGUGGCUCCCAUUUCUGUCAGCUCUCAGCUGGCAGCAGCCAGCCCCUCGUGGACACAGCCUUGCUCCCCACGGUACCGCCCCUACACCGUGGCGCAUUCCGGAGGCUCUGCUGCCGCUGCCACCCCGCGCUCCUUGAGCAUUUCCAUCCCAUCUAGCUCUCCAAGUCCUCCAGCCAUGGCUGCUGGCCCUCCAGCCAUGCCAGUCAUCACAUCCAGACACAGGCCCACAGCCAUGGGUCCACCUUUGUUUACUGCUUCGCCCGGUGCCUUGCGCAGGCGUCCUUCCUUACAGAGCAGGAUUCCUCCUAGUUUAUACGACAACCCUUUCUCCCUCCUCCUUCUUGCUGUUUCUGAUGUGUCUGAGGACAGUAGUGAUGAAGAAAAUGAAGACGAUGAUUUUUCUUGUGUCCAGUUUGGGUCCAGUGUGGGAGGCUCUGGCAGCUCGAGUGUUUCCGAUUCCUGCAGUGACCACUUCACCAUUGAAAAUUGUAAGGAGACAGAGAUGCUGAACUACCUCAUUGAGUGUUUUGACAGGGUUGGAAUAGAGGAGAGAAAAGCACCAAAGAUGUGUAGCCAGCCAACAGUUAGCCAGUUACUGAGCAACAUCAGAUCCCAGUGCAUUUCACACGCUGCUUUGGUGCUACAGGGAUCCUUAACUCAACCAAGGUCAUUGCAGCAGCAGUCUCUGCUGGUACCAUAUAUGCUGUGUAGGAAUCUCCCAUUUGGCUUCAUUCAAGAGUUGGUGAGAACAACUUACCAGGAUGAAGAGGUGUUCAAACAGAUCUUUAUUCCCAUUUUACAAGGCCUGGCUGUGGCUUCCAAAGAGUGCUCCCUCGACAGUGACAAUUUUAAAUAUCCCCUUAUGGCACUAUGCGAACUUUGUGAAAUCAAGUUUGGGAAAACGCACCCCAUGUGCAGUUUGGUUGUCUCUUUGCCCUUGUGGUUGCCUAAAUCUUUAAGCCCAGGUGCAGGAAGAGAACUACAAAGACUUUCCUACCUUGGAGCCUUCUUCAGUCUGUCUGUCUUUGCUGAAGAUGAUAACAAAGUAGUUGAAAAGUACUUCUCAGGGCCUGCCAUUACUCUUGAGAACACCCGGGUUGUUAGCCAGUCUUUGCAACAUUACCUGGAAUUAGCAAGGCAAGAGCUGUUCAAGAUCCUGCACAGUAUCCUGCUGAACGGGGACACCCGGGAGGCAGCUCUCAGCUACAUGGCAGCUGUGGUCAAUGCCAACAUGAAAAAGGCCCAAAUGCAGACAGACGAUCGUUUGGUGUCCACAGAUGGCUUCAUGCUCAACUUCCUCUGGGUACUGCAGCAGCUGAGUACGAAGAUAAAGCUGGAAACGGUUGAUCCCAUGUACAUAUUCCAUCCCAGGUGUCGAAUCGAGCUUCCCACAGAUGAGACAAGAGUGAAAGCAACAAUGGAGGAGGUUGCAGCCUGGAUUGCUGAACUUUACAGGGAUCCGUCUCUGUUUUCUGAGCCGAAAUUCCCAACGGAAUGUUUCUUCCUCACCCUGCACGCCCACCACCUGUCCAUCCUGCCCAGCUGCCGUCGGUACAUUCGCAGACUGCGGGCCAUCAGGGAGCUCAACAGGACUGUUGAAGAUUUGAAAAACAAUGAAAGUCAGUGGAAGGAUUCUCCUCUGGCCACCAGGCAUCGAGAGAUGCUGAAACGGUGCAAGACACAGCUCAAGAAACUGGUGAGGUGUAAGGCUUGUGCAGAUGCUGGUUUGCUGGAUGAAAACUUCCUCAGGAGAUGCCUGAAUUUCUAUGGCAUGGUGAUUCAGCUGAUGCUUCGCAUUCUUGACCCUGCCUAUCCCAACAUAAAAUUGCCUUUAACUCCUGAGGUUCCAAAAGUAUUUGCAUCAUUGCCAGAGUUUUAUGUGGAAGAUGUUGCUGAAUUUUUAUUUUUUAUUGUACAAUAUGCUCCUCAGGUGCUGUAUGAGCCCUGUACUCAGGACAUAGUGAUGUUCCUCGUUGUGAUGCUGUGCAACCAGAACUACAUCCGAAAUCCUUAUUUAGUAGCCAAGCUGGUGGAAGUGAUGUUCAUGACAAAUCCAGCUGUUCAGCCCCGCACACAGAAGUUCUUUGAAAUGAUUGAGAAUCACCCUCUCUCCACUAAAUUGUUAGUCCCCUCCUUGAUGAAGUUUUACACCGAUGUGGAACAUACCGGAGCCACUAGCGAGUUCUAUGACAAGUUUACAAUCCGCUACCACAUCAGCACCAUUUUCAAAAGCCUCUGGCAGAAUAUAGCUCACCAUGGUACAUUUAUGGAAGAGUUCAACUCUGGGAAGCAGUUUGUUCGCUACAUCAACAUGCUGAUAAAUGACACAACUUUCUUGCUGGAUGAAAGUCUGGAGUCCCUCAAACGUAUCCAUGAAGUGCAAGAGGAGAUGAAGAAUAAAGAGCAAUGGGACCUGCUGCCCAGGGAUCAGCAGCAGGCCCGGCAGUCGCAGCUGGCUCAGGAUGAGCGUGUGUCCCGUUCAUAUCUUGCCCUGGCAACAGAAACUGUUGAUAUGUUCCAUAUCCUUACCAAGCAGGUCCAAAAGCCUUUUCUCAGACCUGAACUUGGACCACGACUGGCUGCUAUGUUGAACUUUAACUUACAGCAACUGUGUGGCCCCAAGUGCCGUGACCUGAAAGUUGAAAACCCGGAGAAAUAUGGGUUUGAACCAAAGAAGCUGUUGGACCAACUGACUGACAUUUAUCUGCAGCUGGAUUGUGCUCGCUUUGCUAAGGCAAUUGCUGAUGAUCAGAGGUCCUACAGUAAAGAGCUCUUUGAGGAGGUUAUCUCCAAGAUGAGGAAGGCUGGCAUCAAGUCUACCAUAGCAAUAGAGAAGUUCAAACUGCUGGCAGAGAAAGUGGAGGAAAUUGUUGCCAAGAACGCCCGUGCAGAGAUUGAUUACAGCGAUGCUCCGGAUGAAUUCAGAGAUCCCCUGAUGGACACUCUGAUGACUGACCCUGUGAGGCUGCCCUCUGGAACGAUCAUGGACAGGUCAAUCAUCCUGAGGCACCUGCUCAACUCCUCCACUGACCCCUUCAACCGUCAGACGCUGACAGAGAAUAUGCUGGAACCAGUGCCAGAACUUAAAGAGCAAAUCCAAGCCUGGAUGAGAGACAAGCAGAAUGACCAUUGAAAUUCCCUUGCAGUGCAUGCCACCACCAAUGGGCAGAGCAGGGUGUGGGCUGUUCUGGCAGGAGUGGAGCAGACACACCUGGGAGCUGUUGAUGGAUUGGCACGCCCACGGCACUGACUUCAGUAGUGACCACAGGAGCAUGUGGAUGAGGAGAAAAGCAGCUUAAUUCUUGUACAUAUAUUUAAAUGAUAACGAUGGUCAAUAACAUGGAGGACAAGCUAGGAAGUUACUUAUGUUACAAAAGUGUCCUCCAAUAUGUCACAUUUUGGAGUUUUUACAGCUGAAUUAUUUUAGCAAAGACGAAUGGAUCAGGGCAGCAUCCCUUCAACCUUGUUUUUUACCGCCAGAUAUCCGUUAAUUUGAUUGUGGUUAGAACCUUGGACAUUUUGCUGCUAAAGUAACUUUUUUCUCUUUCCCUUCCUUUCUUUCUGUUCCACCCAUCAACCUGCACUGCUGUCUUUUUCUUCUGUAAUGCAAAAAAAUACAAACCCUGUGAAAAUCAAAAUCAUUACCCUGCCCUCAAAAGAACAUAUUUUGUGCGAUAACUGUGCCUGCAACAAAGUGUUCAUCUUGGGAUCGUAUUUUUAUAUUACACAUAUUUGCCUAUUUGGUUUUUAAUUGGUGUUAGACACAAGGAUAAUUUCAAAAAAGCGAAGACUUCACGCGUGGAUUUUAAUUUCCUUUCCUUGAGAUGUCCCUUUCCUUUAUGUUGAUCAAGAUGCUCUGGUACUUGUGAAAAGCCUUGAGAUAGAAAUAUGUUAAAACAGCUGCCAUGAAUGAGAUGCUUGGGAAUGCCAGGAUUUCAGUGACUUUAAAAAACAUAAAAUACAUUCUUUCAAUGCUGCAGAUCAAUGCUAACUGACAGUUCUGAGCCAUUGGAGCUUGUCCGCAGAGAGCAGAUACUUUUAUCCUUGGAGGCUGCAGUUUGGGGCAGGGGUCAUUUUUUAUGUUGCGUACCAAUUUGUAUCCAUGGCUUGGCCUUACCAAAGCAGAAAGGGUGCAGGAGAUGUAGAAUUACGUUUUUAAAAAAAAAUAAAAAUUCACAAACAUUUUUAUAUUACUGCCCCCUGCAUAUGAUACUUGAAUUUCCUUUUUAAAAAGGAUUUGAAACCACAGUGUUUUAAAAUUAAGUUGGAAAAAAAAGUUGUUUUUCUUUUAUUUGUUUUUCGCCAUGUCUUCUGUUCAAUUCCUGACUCUUGAACUACAAUAAAUGAUACACACUCGCA